AAGGUCUGAAGUUCGAAUCACUCACCCGCAUUGAUUAAAAAAAAAACCUACAUGAUACAAUGUCUCAACAUGAAAUUGAUGAUAUAGAGCGUGCCAUGCGGCUUUCUCUCUUGGAUCUAUGUCGAAAAGGGAAAAAUAAAAACGAGAAUGAAUCUUCUUACGAUGAGGACGGAGACCUUGCUGAAGCUAUAUUAAGGCAAGCCUUAGAUCUCCAGGAGGCAGCAGCUCUAGUCGUCAGAAGCAAAGGGUUUGUGACGUUUGUGAUGCAAUAUUUCAACAGAUCAAGAGCACUCAUCCACCUGAUCAAACUCCGGUAUGCUCUGAAAUAUGGAACCAAAAAGUUUGUCCUGCUCAUCUACAAGACGGGACUCCGGAAUGCUGUAGCUACAGGAGGCUCAAGACCAAAGAUGUAACAUAUAUAAACCUUGGUGAUGGUCGGCUUAUUUGCGAUGAAUG